AUGCGCGUUGGCACGUUACUUGACAAAGCUGGCCUUGUAGGUCAAGAGGUCCUGCCUGAUACUGUUGAACUUGUUGACGAAAGGUCUAUCAAUCUCGGCCAUAUCUGGGGUCAGCAUGGACGUUACCGAAAAAUGGCGAUGAUGGAUGGUCGCAUUGCACCUUUGUGGUACACCUACGGCUCUGGGGUCAACUUCGUCAAAUCUGAGCCAGUGGACAGGAAGCGAUUAAAUUUCAUCAAAGCCGUCGGAGGCGGCCCAUUGGAAGGCUGUGGCGGGGUUCAAGGCUGGCAGAAAAUUAAAGACGCAAUUAUGUUUCCUGACCCCUCAGGCGAACCGCGCGAUCUCAAACAAUGGUGCUUCAGUGCCUCUUCAAAGGGCAAGGGUUUCAAUCCGAUAACAACUCCUGUUGAUGAGAUGAAUGUCCCGUUCGUUUUCGUACGUUAUGCGAAUGCCCAUUGUCAGGCAGACUCUGACGAGGAAUACGAAGACGACUACGAUGAAGAUGGAACUGAGAGUCGCAUGCGUCUCGAUUCGGACCUCGCAAAUGAGCAUCAAUGCCCAGAUAUCGUAGCCACAGGCUCCAAUCCAGACCUUCCAAACGCCAUAUUCGAAACCACACCGCGCAUGCCCAUACCAGAGAGGAUGCCUCCCCCAACCAUCGUCGGCCCUCCUAUUGAGGAUGCACAUAGGCAAUUCAACCUUCGGAAGGAUAUCACCGACGGCACCAGCCUCUUUGUGCCCAUGAUCAACCUUUCAAUUAUACGUGCACCUUGCUGGGUUUACAAAGACGGUACAGAUCAAUACUCUGUGCUCCUAUUCACGGCUGGAGCCGUCGUCGACAGCGAGCAGAAGGAACCCCACGCUGGCUGUGGCCUCGUAUUUCGCCCCGAUGUCCAAACGGUCAUAUCGCUCCCACUGGAGUCGACGUUGGGGUUUGCUGCGACCCCCGCCCGCGCAGAGCUUCGUUCUGCGAUCAUGGCGUUGCAGCUGCGCGACUGA